AUGCCGCGAGCACCCAGAGAUACCUACAAAGCUCACCAGCACUGGGUAUACGAAGCCCAUCAGCAAAAGGAGGCACGAGCAUUGGGAGACAAGCUGGGCCUGUCUUUCCCAAAUGGCAGUGCCGGCGGUCCCGAGAGUGAUUUCAUGUACCCCAUCCGUCGUCUCGUAGUGACAGGGCAAGACACGCCCUCCAACAUGCGCCUGCUAUUCGGAACAUCAUCCAUCUCGAACAUGACUCCGUACCACGAAGCCCGACGAUUAGUCCUCAUCGACGAGCUGUCCGGCGUCUCCUCCUCAGCGGCAGGGAACUUGGACCAAGGGUGUCCGUACUGGUCACCCCGGCCCGCCAGCCGCGAGGAGACAGAGGAGAUAGAGAAGCUACUUCGUUUCGAGAGGAAGUACAAGGAUAUAUUGCCAUGCGCGCUGGGCGGAUCAAAGCAUCAACAUGGGCGCAAGAUAAGCGUGGAGUCAGACGAGGGGUACGGAAGGGGUGAAUCAGCAUCACCUAGGAGGCGCUACUCAUAG